AUGAGGACAUCCAUAGAGGAGGACACUCCUACACAGACCAGCACAGUCCAUGGACAGGACGUCGGGAAGAUCUCAGAGGAACGUCUCUCGUUGUCUCCAGAAGAUGAGGACGUCACACAGUGUAGUCCGGGAGAAGACCAUAAUGUCCAUCAGGUGCCCCACAGUGUGGACGGACCAUCGUAUUCCUCUAAUCCUGAGGAACCUCAAACCGGGAGGGGCGGGGCCGUCCUUCCAACAGAUAAGAGGUUUCCCUGUGCUGAGUGCGGGAAAUGCUUUCAUUUUAAUUUUGAACUUAAUGCGCAUAAACCAUGUCAUUCAGAUGAGAAGCCGUAUUCCUGUCCUGAGUGCGGGAAAGGUUUUUCACAGAGGUGCAAUCUUUCCAUGCAUCAGAGAUCCCACACAGGAGAGAAGCCCUUUUCCUGCACUGAGUGCGGGAAAAGUUUUACUGCACAUCAUUGUCUUAUUGAACAUCAAAGAUGUCAUACAGGGGAGAAGCCAUAUUCUUGUCCUGAAUGCGGGAAAUGUUUUUCACGGAAGGCUCAUGUUACCAGACAUGUGCAAUCUCACACGGGGGAGAAGCCGUAUUCUUGUCCUGAAUGCGGGAAAUGUUUCGCACGGAAGUCCCAUGUUUCCAGACAUGUGCGAUCUCACACGGGGGAGAAGCCGUAUCCUUGUACUGUGUGUGGGAAAGGUUUUUCACAGAUGUCCGAUCUUUCCAUACAUCAGAUAUCUCACACAGUGGAGAAGCCGUAUUCCUGUCCUGAGUGUGGGAAAAGUUUUGCCAAAAAAUCAGAUUUGGAUGGACACAAAAAAUCUUACUGCGACACAAAGCCGUAUGCCUGCUCGGAGUGUGGGAAAUGUUUUUCACACAGGUGCAAUCUUUCCAUGCAUCAGAGAUCCCACACAGGGGAGAAGCCCUUUACCUGCACCGAGUGCGGGAAAAGUUUUACUGCACAUCAUUGUCUUAUUGAACAUCAAAGAUCUCACACAGGGGAGAAACCAUAUUCUUGUCCUGAAUGCAGGAAAUGUUUUUCACGGAAGUCUCAUGUUACCAGACAUCUGAUAUCUCACACGGGGGAGAAGCCGUAUUCCUGUCCCGAAUGCAGGAAAUGUUUCGCACGGAAGUCACACCUUUCCAGACAUUGGGAAUGUCAUUCAGAUGAGAAGCCGUAUUCCUGUCCUGAGUGCGGGAAAAGUUACAGGUGGAAACUGUCACUCGUCAGACAUCUCAGGUCUCACACAGGGGAGAAGCCGUAUUCCUGUCCCGAAUGCGGGAAAUGUUUUUCACAGACGUCCUACCUUUCCAUACAUCAGAGAUCUCACACAGGGGAGAAGCCGUAUUCCUGCACCGAGUGUGGGAAAAGUUUUGCCAAAAAAUCAGAUUUAGAUAGACACCAAAAAUCUCACUGGGACGAAAAGCCGUAUUCCUGCUCGGAGUGCGGGAAACAUUUUUCACAGAAGUCCCAUCUUUCCAUACAUCAGAGAUCCCACACGGGGGAGAAGCCGUAUUCCUGCACCGAGUGUGGGAAAAGUUUUCCUGCACAUCAUUGUCUUGCUGCACAUCAAAGAUCUCAUACAGGGGAGAAGCCAUAUUCUUGUACAGAUUGCGGUAAAAGUUUCCGAUUGAAAACGGCACUUGUCAGACAUCAGACAUCUCACACGGGGGAGAAGCCGUAUUCCUGCCCUGAAUGCGGGAAAUGUUUUUCACGGAAGUCCUAUGUUUCCAGACAUCUGAGAUCUCACACGGGGGAGAAGCCGUAUCCUUGUAAUGUGUGUGGGAAAUGUUUCUCACAAAAGUCUUCUGUUACCGAACAUCAGAGAACCCACACAGCGCUCAAGUCGCAUUCCUGCCCUGUGUGCGGGAAAAGUUGUGGCACAAAAUCACUUUUAAAAAGACACCAAAAAACUCACACUGGUGAGAAGCCGCAUUCCUGCUCAGAGUGUGGGAAAUGCUUUUCUCAUAAGUUUAAUCUUUCCAGACAUCUGAGAUCUCACACAGGGGAGAAGCCAUAUUCCUGCACAGAGUGCGGGAAGGGUUUUGUCACAAAAUCACUUUUAGAUAUACACCAAACGUCUCACACGGGUGAGAAGCUGUAUUCCUGCCCCGAGUGUGGGAAAAGCUUUCUUGAUCAAUCAGAACUGCUCAGACAUAAAAGCUCUCACAUAGGGGAGAAGCCUUAUUCCUGUUCUGAAUGCGGGAAAUGUUUUUCACUAAAGUCUUCUCUUUCCGUACAUCAGAGAUCUCACACAGGGGAGAAGCCAUAUUGCUGCCCUGAGUGUGGGAAAUGUUUUUAUUCAAAAUCCCAUCUUCUUUUGCAUCAAAGACAUCAUACGGGUGAGAAAUCGUAUCCCUGUCAUGAGUGUGGGAAAAGUUUUUAUUUUGAAUGUUAUCUUAUUAUGCAUAAAAGAUGCCAUACGGGUGAGAAGCCAUAUUUGUGCCCGGAGUGCGGAAAAGGUUUUUCUCGGAAGUCCCAUCUUUCCAGACAUCAGAGGACUCACACAGGGGAGAAGCCGUACUCCUGCACUGAGUGCGAGAGUUGUUUUACCCAGAAAUCCCAUCUUGCCAUACAUCAAAGAUCUCACACCGGGGAGAAGCCAUUUUUCUGCUUAGAGUGCGAGAAAUGCUUUUCCCGGAAAUCGGAUCUGGUUAAACAUCAAAGGCUUCAUACAGGGGUGAAGCCGUACUCUUGCCAAGAGUGCGGGAAAAGUUUUUCGCAGCAGGGCCAUUUUCUACGUCAUCAGAGAAGUCACGCGGGGGAAAAGCCAUAUUCCUGUAAUGAGUGCGGGAAACGUUUUUCCAAAAAGUCCUGUCUUACCAGACAUCAGAGGACCCACACGUCCGUGUAG